AUGGGCUUCGUUUUCGGAUUAGUGCUCGGAAUUCUAGUGGGACUCGCAAUUAUCGUGGUGUUUGUCCGCUUGGAGAACCACCGAUCCAAGCUCCGUUCCGAGCUCGCCACAACUAUAGCUGCAUUUGCUCGAAUGACUGUCGAGGAUUCUAGAAAGCUCUUACCUUCUGAGUAUUACCCUUCUUGGGUCGUCUUCUCCCACAGACAGAAGUUGAGCUCCCAAUAUAACCUCUUCUUCCUCUACUUUCUCUCACUUUCAUCUGCGUUAAAAUGGCUCAAUCUUCAUCUUGAAAAGAUCUGGCCCUAUGUUAAUGAGGCAGCGUCUGAGCUGAUAAAGACUUCAGUGGAGCCAAUUCUGGAGCAGUAUAGACCAAUCAUAUUGUCCUCACUCAAAUUUUCCAAGUUCACUCUUGGUACCGUGGCACCGCAGUUUACAGGGGUUUCUAUAAUUGAAGAUGAAGGUGACAGUGUUACAAUGGAGUUGGAAAUGCAGUGGGAUGGAAAUCCAAGUAUAAUACUUGCUAUCAAGACCUUAUUUGGUGUAAGCCUACCUGUGCAGGUGAAAGAUAUUGGAUUCACUGGGGUAUUCAGGCUGAUUUUCAAGCCUUUGGUUGAUGAGUUUCCGUGCUUUGGAGCUGUUUGCUAUUCAUUGAGAGAAAAGAAAAAUUUAGAGUUUAGGCUUAAAGUUGUGGGUGGCGACAUAUCUACAAUACCUGGGAUCUAUGAUGCAAUUGAGGGGAUGAUACGGGAUGCGAUUGAGGAUUCAAUUGCAUGGCCUGUUCGCAAAGUUGUUCCCAUUUUGCCUGGGGAUUAUAGUGAUCUGGAGUUAAAGCCAGUCGGAAUGCUAGAGGUGAAACUUGUGCAGGCAAAGGAAUUAACAAACAAAGACCUUAUUGGAAAGUCAGAUCCCUAUGCUGUAGUAUACAUACGACCUUUACAGGACAGAAUGAAGAAAAGCAAAACUAUUAACAAUGAUUUGAAUCCGAUCUGGAAUGAGCACUUUGAAUUUAUUGUUGAAGAUGCAUCCACUCAAUAUCUGGUGGUUAAAGUUUAUGAUGAUGAGGGAGUUCAGUCAUCUGAGCUCAUUGGAUGUGCUCAUGUACGACUAAGUGAACUUCAGCCUGGUAAAGUGAAGGAUGUGUGGUUGAAGCUGGUUAAAAGCUUGGAAGUCCAAAGAGAUAAUAAAAACCGCGGGCAGGUACAUUUGGAGCUGUUAUAUUGUCCAUUUGGCAUGGAGAAUGGCUUUGUCAACCCGUUUACUCCCGACUUCUCAAUGACCUCUUUGGAAAAGGUACUUAAAAGUGGGAUGAAUGGAACAGAAGCUACUGAAAAUCAAAAGGAAGCCACACAGAAGAGAAAGGAGGUCAUAAUUAGAGGUGUACUUUCUGUUACUAUAAUAUCUGCUGAAGACUUGCCACCAGUUGAUCUGAUAGGAAAAGCUGAUCCUUAUGUGGUACUGACCUUGAAGAAAUCAGAAACAAAAAACAAAACUAGGGUGGUUAAUGACAGCUUGAAUCCCGUUUGGAAUCAAACUUUUGACUUUGUUGUUGAGGAUGGAUUGCAUGACAUGCUCAUUCUUGAAGUCUGGGACCAUGAUACUUUUGGGAAGGACUACAUAGGCAGAUGCAUCAUGACCCUCACUAGGGUUAUAUUAGAAGGGGAAUACAAAGACUCUUUACCGCUAGAUGGGGCCAAAUCUGGGAAAUUGAACGUGCAGCUUAAGUGGAUGCCACAACCAAUUUACCGUGAUUCUUGA